AUGGCACGCAAAAGUGAUUAUCCCUACAAUUUGGGCUCUUUUAAGAAAAAUGUCACUACCAACAGUGAUGAGGCACAAACAUGGUUCAAUCGUGGUCUUGUAUGGGCAUAUGCCUUCAACCAUACGGAAUCUGUGAUAUGCUUCGACCAGGCACUGGUGCAUGAUGAUACUUGUGUCAUGGCCUAUUGGGGAUUGGCUUAUUCACUGGGCCCCAACUAUAACCAGCCGUGGAACUUCCUCGGCGACCGGUUGGCUUCUGUUGUCCAAAAAACCUACCGCGCAUCACAGAAGGCCCUAUAUCUCUCGUCUAAUGCAUCGCCCGUGGAACGGGCUCUGGUCAAAGCACUUUCGGCUCGAUACCAAAGCGAUAAACCUGCCAGUAUGGAGCAAUAUGCGGCCCAGAAUAUUGCUUAUGCUGAUGCAAUGAAGGAGGUCUAUGAGCAAUUCAGCGAUGAUCUGGAUGUCGUCACGCUAUACGCUGAUUCCUUGAUCAGUCUUACUCCCUGGAAGUUGUGGGACCUGGUGACCGGAAAGCCAAACCCAGGAGCUCGCACCAUGGAGGCGAAAAGAGUGCUCGAGAAAGCUCUCGAGGACAAGAAUUCAUCCAAGCACCCAGGGCUUUUACAUAUCUAUAUUCAUCUGAUUGAAAUGUCACCUUUCCCGGAACUAGGGCUGCGACCCGCUGAUUAUCUCCGCGGCCUUAUCCCCGAUGCCGGCCAUACUAAUCACAUGCCUUCUCAUUUGGACGUUCUAGUUGGUGACUAUCGCAGCGCUGUUCGUGCCAACCAGCACGCAGCCAUCGCUGACGAAAAAUUCCUGGCGCGAGAAGGUCCACUCAACUUCUACUCCGUCUAUCGCAUGCAUACAUUUCACUCGCUCAUCUACGCAGCCAUGUUCGCAGGCCAGAAACAAGCCGCGUUCGACGCCGUUGACCGCAUGGAAGAGACCUUGCCCAAGAAACUGCUCGAGGAAAUGGCAGACUACAUCGAGAUCUUCAUGUCCGUCCGCGCACAUGUCAUGAUUCGAUUUGGCAUGUGGGAGGAAAUUAUUCAAGCCCCAGUCCCCUCAGAACCAGAAUUGUACUGCGUGACAAUAGCAACCUUGCACUACGCCAAAGGCGUGGCAUUCGCAGCUACGGGGAGAGUCCCCGAAGCAGAGGAACAGCGGGCGUUGUACCUAGCAGCGCAAAAGCGAGUCCCAGACACGCGCUUGGACUGGCCCAACAAAUGCAUUGACAUUCUUGGCGUUGCGACGGAAAUGCUCAACGGCGAGAUUGAAUACCGCCGCGGCAACUACACAGAGGCUUUCGCGCAUCUGCGCCGCUCCAUCGAAUUGGACGAUGGGUUGGGCUACAGUGAGCCCUGGAGCUGGAUGCAGCCCACGCGCCAUGCAUAUGCUGCUCUUUUGCUGGAGCAAGGGCAUGUUGAGGAUGCAGCGGCUGUUUAUCGUGCUGAUCUGGGUCUUGACGAUACUCUUAUUCGGGCCCGUCAGCAUCCGAAUAAUGUAUGGGCUUUGCAGGGCUACCAUGAGUGUUUGGUGCGUCUUGGCAAGACCGAUGAGGCGCGGGUUAUUCAGCCUCAGUUGGCGAUAGCGGUUGCUGUAGCUGAUGUGCCUGUGACUUCUUCGUGUUUCUGUCGACUGGAUACUUCUCAGGCGCCGAGUGCCACUAACGGUUGUUGUAAAUAA